GGAAGCGCCUUGGCUACGAGACCCAGUCUCCCGCGUGGGUACCUACUGGGGUGUUUGAGUGGCUGGACUGCGGCGGCCUUGAGUGUAAGUGGCUGGGACACCUGAGUCCGGCGCGGCCAUGCUGACCCCCGCGUUCGACCUUAGCCAGGACCCCGACUUCCUUACCGUCGCCAUCCGCGUGCCCUACGCCCGGGUCUCCGAGUUUGACGUCUACUUCGAGGGGGUCGACUUUAAGUUCUACGCCAAGCCGUACUUUCUCAGAUUAACCCUUCCUGGAAGAGUUGUAGAAAACGGAAGUGAACAGGGAUCCUAUGAUGCGGAUAAAGGAAUUUUUACCAUUCGAUUGCCGAAAGAAACUCCUGGCCAGCAUUUUGAGGGACUGAACAUGUUAACCGCUCUUCUGGCACCAAGAAAAUCCAGGACUGCCAAACCACUUGUGGAAGAAAUAGGUGCUUCUGAAGUUUCUGAGGGAGGAGUAGAAGCUGAGGAUGAAGAGUUUGACUGGGAAAUUGAACAGGUCCCCUAUGAAGAGGUUUCAGAAAGUGCUCUGAAUCCACAGUACCACUAUGGAUUUGGAAAUUUACGAUCCGGAGUGUUUCAGCGGUUACAGGAUGAAUUGAGUGAUGUUAUUGAUAUUAAGGAUCCAGAUUUCACUCCUGCACCUGAACGAAGGCAGAAACGCCUGGAUGCUGAGCUGGCCAAGUUUGAUCCUGAUCAUUAUCUAGCUGACUUUUUUGAAGAUGAGGCUGUUGAACAGAUUUUGAAGUAUAAUCCUUGGUGGACUGACAUAUAUUCAAAAAUGAUGGCCUCUUUGGGAAAGAGUCAGGAGCAAGAAAAUCAUGCUGCAUUAGUGUCUUUUUCUGAAGAAGAGAAAUAUCAGCUGCGAAAAUUUGUCAAUAAAUCUUACCUACUGGACAAGAGAGCUCUUCGCCAAGUGUACUACAGUUUGAUUGAUAUCCUUCUGGCAUAUUGCUAUGAAACUCGUGUCACUGAAGGAGAGAAGAACGUUGAGUCUGCAUGGAACAUUAGAAAACUGAGUCCCACACUGUGCUGGUUUGAGACUUGGACUAAUGUUCAUGAAAUCCUGGUGUCUUUUGGAAGAAGAGUUUUAUGCUACCCACUUUAUCGCCACUUCAAGCUGGUGAUGAAAGCUUACAGAGACACUAUAAAGAUCUUGCAACUAGGUAAAAGUGCAGUUUUAAAAUGUCUACUGGAUGUUCACAAAAUUUUUCAGGAGAAUGACCCAGCUUACAUUCUGAAUGAUCUCUACAUCUCAGACUACUGUGUGUGGAUUCAGAAAGCCAAGUCCAAUAAGUUGACAGCUCUUGCAGAAACCUUAAAGGAAGUGUCCCUGACAAAGGCCCAGCUGGGAUUAGAACUGGAAGAACUGGAGGCCGCAGCACUUCUUGUCCAGGAGGAAGACACUGCAUCAAGAGCAGGCCGUCCUGUUUCCAGGCAGCAGACACCUGCCUGCCCUCCUGAGGCAGGUGACACGGAGGAGUCAGACAGCACCACCUCAUGUGAGACCGAAGGCUCGGACUCCGAACAAGGGGAGCUCUCAGGUAGUGAGUCUGAGACAGUGCAUUCCUUGCAGGGUCCCUUUCUCAAGGAACGCGGCGACCUGCUAAUUGAUGACGGGGUGUGCAGAAACUCAGCCAUUGAGAGAUGUGGUGGUAGUCCGAGAAAGCCACCCGCCUCCCUCUGGGCUCCUGGAGGCUCUGGGCCGCUGAUAGAGGAGCUUGGAGAGCAACUGAACUCGAGAGUUCAAGUGUCCGGACCUGAGGACUCCGCGGCUGCAAGCCACAGCAGCGUGCAGGGCAGAGGCGACUGGCAGACACCAAGUGAUUGACUCUGCGUGGUUUUCCUCACUGCUGAGAAUUAUGGUGGGUUUGGUUUUCUUUACGGAACGAGAAUCCACUUCCACUUGGUCCUUUUUCUUAGUGUAUACAACACUUUUCCACGGAGCUUCUGUUGAUACCUGUUGGUUUCCUUGUCACAACCUGAAAAAUAACGUUUUAAAGUAUUUUCACCAAAGUAUAAUUAAUAUUGAAGAUGAAAUAACAGUUCUGGCAGAAUCUCUAGAAUGUAGAGCCCAUGAAUACAUUUUUCUUAAAGAUUUUAUUUUUAAGUAAGCUCUAUAACCAACGUGGGGCUUGAACUCGCAACCCUGAGAUCAAGUGUUGCACGCUCUACUUGCUCAGACACUGUACAGUAAGUAUGCAUCUCCUAGGAUUUAAUAUAAAUGGAAUCGUGUAAUAUGUACUCUUUUUUAAAUUAGGCUCAUUUCACUCACUGUAAUUAUUUUCAGAUUCAUCAAUGUAGCCUGUAUUAAGAGGGCUUUUUUGGUUUUUGUUUUCUCCCCGUAUCAGAGUAGUAGUUCAUUGGAUAGAUUUUUCCAUUCACCUACUGAUGGACGUUUGGGUUGUUUCCAGCUUUCGUCUGUUCCAAAUAAAGCUGUUACGAACAUU